AUGAACCUUAUUUUCCACGACCUAAUUGGCCGAACCUUUGAGGUCUACAUCGACGACAUCGUUGUAAAAUCCCCAUCCAAAGCCGACCAAGUGGAGCAUCUCCGACAGGCUUUCAAUCGAAUGCGGACACACGGCCUGAAGAUGAACCCUAAGAAAUGUGCUUUUGGCGUCACCGUCGGGAACUUUCUCGGGAAAAUCCGGCCGUUGACUCCUCUGCUCAAACUGAAAGACACAGAACGGUUCGUGUGGGGGGCAGAACAUCAAGCGGCCCUCGACGACAUCAAGAAAUAUUUAUCUCAACCACCAGUCCUUAUGCCGCCGAAAAGAGGGAAGCCCUUGAGGCUUUACAUUUCGGCUUCAGAGGGCUCUAUCGGCUGUCUGCUGGCUCAGAACAAUGAGUCUGAACGAGAGCAAGCAGUGCACUAUCUGAGCCACACCCUUAACAUGGCCGAGCUAAACUAUUCACCGAUCAAGAAAUUAUGCUUGACACUUUAUUUCGCGGCUACCAAGUUGCGCCAUUAUAUGCUUCCUUCGGUCGUUCAGAUCAUCUCCAAGACCAACCUCAUCAAAUGCAUGCUCACUCGGCCGAUCAUACGCGGCCGAAUCGGGAAGUGGAUGAUGGCAUUGUCUGAAUUCACCUUCCAAUAUGUGGCUCAGAAAUCGGUCAAAGGUCAGGCAUUGGCCGAUUUCUUGGCCCACCACCCGGCUCAAGGGCAGGAAGAAGAGUUGGAGGUCGAGAUCGGCAUGGCCCGCAUAGAGAAGAACUACUGGACUAUGUACUUCGAUGGCUCCAGUACCGAGGUCAUAUCCAGGGCCGGGGUCGUGAUCGAGUCCCCCCAAGGACAAAGGUGGCAAUUUGCGUUCCAACUUGAUUUCAAAUGCACCAAUAAUCAGGCCGAAUAUGAAGCACUCAUCAUCGGUCUUGAAAUUCUAAAGGAAAUGAAGGUGACCCGUGUCCUGGUCUACGGUGAUUCUCAACUGGUAAUCAACCAACUGACCGGGGAGUACCAGUGCACGAGCGAGAAUUUAACCAUGUAUUAUGUGACGGCCCUCAAUAUGGCCGACGAGUUUUCUAAGAUUUCCUUCGUUCACGUACCACGCGCCAAAAACCAUGAGGCCAACGAGAUGGCCCAGGUAGCGUCAGGUGUGAACAUUCCGGACAGCGACCACGACUGCGUGAUAAGAAUCGAGAAACGUACCCUGCCGGCUUUGGUCGAGCGAGAAAUGACGACGCAAGUAUCAUCGGCCGAAGCCGACUGGCGCUACCCCAUAGUAAAAUAUCUGCGCGAUCCCUCCGGCAACCAUGAGAGGACUACUCGUUUCCAGGAUCGGUGUUAUUUGAUUUACCAGAUCGAGCUGUAUCGAAAAGGAUCGAAAGGCUUAUUGCUCCUAUGCCCCAGCGCCGAAGAUAUUAAGGUUAUCAUGACCGAAUCCCACAAAAGGAUUUGCGGCGCUCACCAAUUUGGCGUCAAGAUGAGAUGGUUAGUCCGGAGGCAAGGCUAUUAUUGGCCAACCAUUUUAAAGAACUGUAUAGAGUAUGCGAAAGGGUGUAUCAAGUGUCAAAUCUACGGCCCCAUACAAAGGGUGCCAGUUGAAGCCCUCCACCGGGUCACUAAAUUGUGGCCAUUCAGAGGAUGGGCCGUGGAUAUCAUCGACAAAAUUUACCCAGCUGCAUCUAACCAGUACGCCCGGAUUUUGAUGGCAACUAACUAUUUCACUAAAUGGGUCGAGGCGAAGUCCUAUCGGUCUAUUUCCAGUGCAUAG